UCUGUGCCCUAAGAAGCGCUGGGUUUUGUUUCCAUGGUGUGUUUAGAAAGGCGGAGUUCCCGCACUGGAACGCAUAUUUUCACGUGGGAAUUGCUUGGUGUAAAUUCAGCAUAAUCGACGCACAGUUCAGCAAUUUGGUCUGACGUUUGUGCCGAUUUUUAUGCGUUUCCAACACAAUAGACUGCUACUUUUAAGAGGUUAUUGAGUGUGAUUUUGUACUUUUAUAUCCAUGAAACGCGUUUGGAGAAUUGCAACCUCUCCUGCUGUCAGAGAUGAGGAGUAGGCUGUUUGCUUGAGGCAAUUUCUUGCGCAACUCUGCCCUCUGCUGGUUGUAAUAGUCGUAAAAUGGAACCUCAAUCCAAACACCCAACAACAACAACACUGUUUUUAAAUGCCGUUUCCUGAAAUACAUUUGCAUAAAAUGUAACAGCUGCCUGUCAACAACACUUAACCACAAUAAAACCUCCAACAACAGAACUGAAAUGAACAGAUGUUUGGCUGCUUUGUUUGAAAAUUUCUGGGUCGAUGCACAGAGGCUUUAUACUUUAUAUGAUACUUUCACACACUUAAUAUUUAUUAUUUUUUACUGAUUCUUAUUAGCUUUACCUAUUUAGAUUUGUUUUAUUUGCUUUGGUUUAUUGCUCCUGUGUAGAGCUACAACAAUAAGUUGAUUAAUCGAUUAGUCGAUCAUCAGAAAAUUAAUCGCCAACUAUUUUGAUAAUAAAUGAAUCGCUUUGAGUAAUUCUUUUAAGAAGAAAUGCUCAAACUAUCUGGUUCCAUCUUCUCAAAUAUGAAUAGUUUCUGGUUUCUUUAGUCCUCUAUGAUAGUAAACCAAAUAUCUUACAAAACAAGACAUUUUAGGCUGCAUCUUGGGCAUUUUUCACCACAUUCUGACAUUUCACAGACCAAAUGUCUAAUCAAUUAGUCUAUAAAAUAAUAAACAGAUUGAUCAAUAAUGAAAAAAAGUCAUUAGUUGCAGCACUACUCCUAUGUGUUCACUGUCUGAUGAGCCAGAGCCAAAUUUCCCCAUAUGAGACAUACAUAAUUAACCGAACUUAACACUUUUAUGUGCAUAUUAAUCACAGUUUGAAGUCACUUAACAGCAGCACUGUACGUGUGAGCCUCACACCUGUUAAUGUUACCAUUUCUGGUCAUUUGUUAAUGAUUAACAUUCAGUCAACUCUCCAGCUCACCUCAUCGGUCAGCGCCCUUGCAUGCGGACAGAUAAAGCUGGGCUGAUUUUUAAAAGCAGCUGAUAACAGCCUUGUUAUUGCAAUUUUUUUUCCAGCUUCUCCGUUGCUGGGCUGCCGUAUUCAUUUUGGUAUUACAAGGUUGUUGACUCACACACUAGGGCAUCAUGUGUCAGGGAUUGUUCUCUUCUGGUGAUGAUUGUUGAAUUUCGUCUGUCGAUAUAAUCCGCCAUUUCUCUCAUAUGUGAGAAAUGCCAGCUGCUCCUUAUGGAUGUGGACACAAAAUGUGGCAACGAUACCUCAUUCCCUUUGUGCUCUGAAGAAUCAUCCGGUCCUCUCGCUGUGAUUAUCAUCCCUUCUCUGUUGGCUCUGAGCACAGUUUUUGUGGUGGCUCUGAUUUUCUGCGGUCUCCACAAGAACAAACAAAGAGCACAGAGGACGUCGGCUCAUUUUACAAAUGGCCAGAAGAGUGUAUCCCUGACUGCAGCUUCUGUAAGCACUCCAAAGAUCCAGGCAGCUUUGAAUCCCUGGGAAAUUCCUGAGGAGUGUGUUCUUGAGGGACUAGAGUUUUGGCAGACGGGCCGCUAUGGCCCCAUUUGUAAAGGUCUGCUGAAGAAGAGAGAUGGAGCCUCCUCUGGCGUUGUGGUUAAGUCCCUCCGAGAUGGCCCCAACCAGCCUGAAGCUAAGGAGUUUGUGCAGUGGGUCCUGUUCCAUGUCACAGUGUGUAAACAUGAGAAUGUGGUGCAGAUGUUGUACUGUCAGACCAAACGUCUUCCCAUGUACCUGGUCUUAGACGCCUACAGCCCUGGGAACCUCCUUCAUUUCCUCUGGUCACUCAAAAAUAGGAAUUCAAACACUGCGGAUCCCCCGCAGAGCUUCUCUGAGAGGUCAGUGUUUCUGGUGGCAAAGCAGGUUGCAGCGGGUUUGGAUUACCUGAUGUCAGCGCACAGGCUGGUGCAUGGUGAUGUUGCUGCCAGGAACAUCUUAAUUGGCCCAGGCCUCUCAGCCCGAGUGUCUGGGCUGGGUGUGGCGUUCGGAGGACGCAAAAUGGAUUCAGCAAUUAGGCAGAGGGCAGCAAAGGUGCCUCUUAAAUGGCAAGCUCCAGAGAGGAUUAUGAUGCAGCUCAGUAUCGACAGGAGCGACGUGUGGUCAUUUGGAAUUCUACUGUAUGAACUGAUUACCUUAGGCUCUCCUCCAUAUCCUGAGCUGGAGCCUCAGUCUGUGCUCCCAAAGCUACAAGGGUCUUAUCGAAUGAAGAGACCAGAGAACUGUGGAGGACCUUUGUAUGAUCUGAUGAAGUACUGUUGGAUGUGGAGUUUCAAAGACCGACCUGCAUUCUCAUCCAUCAUAAAGCUGUUAGAGUCCUCACUGCACCUCGCAGCUACUAAAGACAUUUGUGUUCCUGAAAUAAUGGACAUAUUUGAGUAUAACAGAAAGGCGGGACUGCUCUCGUAGAUGCAGGUACAACCAUAUGACAACAGGAACAUCAACAGGAAAAGAU